AUGUUGAACACUGCCGUCGAGUCGGAUCUCGGAAUUACAGCAACAGCCACGAGCUCUAGUACUCCAUCGUCGUCAGCGCGAACCGAACUGAACAAUGGAAUCUCUGCGGGUGCUGCAGCUGGCAUCGGGGUUGGGGUCGGCGUGCCUCUCGCCAUCGCCGUUGUGGUUCUCAGCUUCUUGCUCGUGCUCGAGAGGAAGAAGGUCAAAGCCGCCGAGGCUGCGACCCCGAUGGGGGCGUUUUCAAGUCCUGAUCCCAAGUACGGCCCACCGCCCCCUUGGGCUCCGGGACAGCACGGUAACGCCGUCUCUCCUGAAGUGCCUACAGCGACUCUUCAGGCGAGACACGAGCUCCCUCAAUGA